GAUGCUCCUUUUUCUUCCCGUCCGCACCUUUCUUCUAGCCUCCCAUUUUCUAGAAAAUCCACUAGGAAAAAAAAAAAAAAAACUAGUGGCUGAGAUUUCAUUUCCUCUCCCUGAGAGAACGGCUCUGGUUUUAGGUAAUCGAAGAGCGCACAACUCGUCUUCUCUCUGCUUCUUUCAUCUGCUUCUUUUUCAAGAACUAGGGCAGAAUCAAACCGUUAUUGCUGGAAUAUCAACGGUCAAGAUCUCCUAUGGCGAUCAAUGAAGGUGUUGGCAUCCGGUUCGUUUUGUGGAUUUAAGUGAUGCGGUUUUGUUUCGGGUAGCAAGAUCAGAUCAAAAUUUCGAGCAGGGAGAUGGAUGGAGGAGGAUGCAUUGUGAGCGCCGGCGGACUGUGAUUUUCGGGAUUCGGCGAUGGGAACGUGUGCUUCUGGAGAAGACUUGAUUGUAAAGGCAAGGAAGCCAUACACGAUCACAAAGCCACGAGAAAGGUGGACAGAGGACGAGCACAACAGGUUUCUAGAAGCUUUGAAACUGUAUGGGCGAACUUGGCAGCGCAUAGAAGAGCAUAUUGGUACAAAGACCGCGGUGCAGAUUAGAAGUCAUGCACAGAAGUUCUUCUCAAAGAUCUUCUGGAAUAAAUGUUAUGAUACCUCACUCAUGGACUCUUUAUCUUACAUGGAAAGCCAGUUGGAAAAAGAAGCUCUUGUAACAGGUGUGCCACUAGGACAAGCACAUGACAUAGACAUCCCUCCUCCGCGUCCUAAAAGGAAACCGACCAACCCAUAUCCUCGAAAGACCAGCCUAGGUUUUCCCAUCUCUCCUUCAGUGGGAUCCAAAGAUGCGAAAUUGGAACCUCAAGAAACAGCAAAUUUCCAAAAUCCAAAAGAGGACAAGGGUAAUUGCUCAGAAGUCCUGAACCUUUUCCAAGAUGCUCCCAGUUCUCCCUUCUCCUCAGUGAGCAAAACAUCUGUGUCAACACUGACGGCACUCACAAAUCCAUGUACAUUCAGAGAAUUUAUGCCCCCAUCAACAGAUACAAAUGAUCGCACUGCAAAUGACGAAUCCUUUCUGACUGUGGAAUUGAAGGGGAACCAUGAGCUUCAUGAAGCCCCAAAUUCACAGGCAAAAGUAGUUCCAGGAGAGGGUACGGCAAAUGAAGUAAAGCACUCAGAAAAACUAGGACUAUUAUCGUCAAAUGAAACACAAGCUACUCAUAGCUACCCCAGGCAUGUUCCCGUGCAUGUUGUGGAUGGAAGCCCUGAAAAAUGCAUGCAAACUCCAUCUGCUGACAUGACCGUCCUGACAUCCAUUGUCCACCAAUUGGGAGCCCAUGAAAAUCUAAACUUCUUUGCAAAUCCAGCAGCCUCUGGAACUAUCGAACAGCAGGCCGAUUCAGCAAGGCCGUACAGUCACCAGCCAUUCCCUGUUUUCCAUCCCCCAUUUACCCCAUUCAGUGACAACCACGAUGCCUAUAGAUCUUUCCUCAACAUCCCGGCUACUCUCUCGAGUCUUAUCAUAUCUACUCUGCUACAAAAUCCGGCGGCCCAUGCAGCCGCAAGGCUGGCAGCCUCCUUCUGGCCCUGCGUGGAUGAUUCUUCGACAGACACCUUCGUGGGAGGAUUUCCAGCGAGACACAUGAACCAAUCUCCAAGUUUGGCUGUUGUUGCCGCUGCUACUGUGGCAGCUGCAUCUUCCUGGUGGGCCUCUCAAGGCCUGCUUCCUUUCUGUCCUCCCAACCUCCCCGGGUUCACAUUUACUCCGUCCAUGACCUCAAUUCCAACGAUGACUACCCAAGCCCGAGAAGAUACAAAAGAGAGUAUAGAAGAUGCUCGAAAUCCUGCUUGGCUAGAUUUGCAACUAAUGGAUCCAGAGCAUUCUACAGCUCUGGAAACACAGAAUCCAGCUUCUAAAUUGCCAGCAUCAUUGUCAUCCGACUCAGAGGAGAGCGGAGGUGCAAGGUCACUCAUCACUGAUCAAAAAGCUGCAGGACAUGAGAAGAAGCCAGAAUCGUGCACUGGACCCCACGAUCCCAGCAAAGGUAAGACGAGAAAGCAGCUGGAUCGUUCUUCAUGUGGCUCCAAUACACCUUCUGGCAGUGAAGCAGAAAUGGACAUGCUAGAGAAGCAUGUGAAAGGCAAGGACGAGUCCAAAGAAGCUGAAUUAAGCCAUCCAACUGUCGACCCUGUCAACCGUCGCUGUAGAAGCUCCUGGAACAUUAAUGAUUCUUGGAAGGAGGUCUCCGAUGAGGGACGGCUGGCCUUUCAAGCAUUGUUUUCCAGAGAGACAUUACCACAGAGCUUCUCACCUCCUGAUUCAAAGACCAAGGCGAAUCCGAAGAACAGUAUCGAAGAAGGGAAGCAGUUAACCACGAUAGACAGGGAUGCAGCAUUGGAGUUGGACCUCAGCAGCAAGGCAUGCUCAACUUCUCUAGAGCAUCCUCAAUGCAUCAACACAGAAGGCUCAUUGAGAAGUGACAAUACCCUGAAUGGGCUUCUGACAAAUAGGCUUGUCGGACAUGGCAAACUGAAGGCUUGCCGGACGGGAUUCAAACCAUACAAGAGGUGCGCCGUCGAGGCCAAGGAGGGAAGGGUGGUGAACUGCAGUGACCAAAGCAAAGAAAACAGCUCAAAGAGGAUACGCCUUGAAGGCGAAGCUUCAACAUGAUCAUGCAGACGGAAGUUAUGCAGAGAGAAUCUUUGCUUGUAGCAUGUGCUUUUUUCCCCUCCUAUUUUGCAGCCUAAAGGCGAUGGAACUUGCAUGUAUCUGUACAAUAUGUUAAUUACAUUUUCUUUUUUCCUUUAUAAUUCAAGGAACUAUUUUAAACUGCA